AAAUAUUGAAGAUUUCUUAAAAAGAGAGGGAAUACAAUACCACAUGACUAAACCGAAUAGUCACACUGGAAAUAAUGAUGUGGAAAGAUUAAAUAAUACAAUCACAGAAAAAAUUAGGACUCUAAAUCUUGAGCAUUAUUUACCAAUUACCCAACAAAUUUUUAAAGCUAUCACAUACAACAAUGAUACUUAACACAGCACAAUUAAAUGCACCCCAAUAGAGGCACAAAGUAAAAUAAUAGAUCACGCAAUAAUUUAUGAUAGGCUCUGUAAAAUAAAACAAUCAAAAAUAAAUAAAGCAAAUAAUAAUAGGGAAGAAUAUACGGAAACUAGACAAGAAGGAUUUAUAAAACACUAUAAAAAUGUAAGACAUAAAGAGGAACCAAAGUUUAAGAAAAAACCCUUACAAGGAAUCCACACCACUAACAUAAAAAGACCUAACAAAUUUGGCAACUAAUCAUUGAACAUCUAUAUUAAAAUAAAUCAUUAAUUUAAAUUUGCAGGUAAUAAUGUGGAUAUUAUUAUUAAUCUCAUCAUCGUUAGUAGAAGUAAGAGGUAAUUUAAUCACUAAAAAAAUAACACAAACUAACGGAUACAUAGAAAUUUAUAAUAAUAAUCAAAGCAUACCGAUAGAAUCCGAUUUAAUUUUACAUAAAGUAGACAUUCAAGAAACAAAGAAUUUACUCGCAUCAAUGAAAGAUAAUAUAGAUAUUUUUAGUGAAAGUCAAAGAAAUUAUAUAAUAAAUCAAGUAGAUACACUCAUAAGUAAAUUAAAAACAAUAACACCUACAAGUAGACAAAAAAGGGGACUAAUAAACAUAGUAGGCAAUGCAUGUAAAUAUCUUUUUGGUACAAUGGAUAAUACUGACCAAGAAGAUAUAACCAACCAUCUUAACACAGUCGAUUCUAACUUACAUAAUUCUAUAACAGAAUUAAAUCAACAAAUAAAAAUUAACAGUCAUUUAUUAAAGAAACAAUAAACCAGAAUCAGAAGAAUGUUCUUUAUCAGAUAGGAGGAUUGCAUAAAACUAUAAAAGAUGUUUUGCUACAAAAUACCUAUUUAGAAAAAUUACUUAUGUUAAAUUCAAUUAAAAAUCAUAUUGAGUAUAUUCAAACAUAUAUAACUACAGCACAAAAUGGCAUAAAUGAUGCCAAUAUCCUUACAAAAAAUGAAAUAGAUUAUUAUAAUAUAAACAUUGAAAAAAUUAAAUACUUAAGAACGGCAAUAUUUGAAAAAGAAAGAGAAUUAAUAUCACUGGAUCACAAAUUUGAAUUUGUUUUUUGUUCCACGGAUGCCACUAUCCAAUUUGUAUGUGAAAUGGCUCGCUGAUUUCGAAAAUCGAGUUAAUUUUUUUUUUUAUGAAUACGUUUUUGAGAUAUUUGCAAUUUACCGUUAUUCGACCAAAAAAAAAGGUGUCUUCAUUUAAUCAUGUAUAUCUCACUGACCAGUUGAGCAAUCUUACUGCAAAUUAUAGAAAAUAAAAGUGAAUGAAAUUUCCUAAAAAUAUUGUCUACUUCAUUUUUCCAUAGGUCUUAUAAUUUCUGAGAAAUUGAUUAAUAACUUCGUGUUUUUAAAUUUUUGUAUGAAAAAAUUAAAAAAAAUAAACUUUGGCAAGGAAAAAAUUUUAAAACAAAAGAUAUUUUUAAAUUUUUUUUUUAUUUUAUAUGAAGUCCUGUUUCUUUAUAAAAAACUAAGCUACCAACGAACAAAAUCCAUGGAUAAAUAGGAAAGUUGUACAUGAUCAAAGAAAUAUAUCCAAGUCGCGCAAAGUCAAUGUAUUCGUAUAUGCGUAUGUAGUGUGUAAAGUAGGGGUGGGAUUGUUUUCGAAUAUCAUUAGAAUAAACUAAUAACGCUAUUCGUUUAAAAAAAAUCAAAUAAUACUUUUAGAAUAGUAAUACUCAAAUACUAUUGUAGUAGGUAGUUUGCACCGUAAGCUAGAGGUGUUAGGUUCGAAACCCCUGUAGUCAUGUGUGUAGGUAUACAGGCAGAUUUUCGAAGGGUAAUUAGUUGCGGAAAAUUCCUAAUGCAAAUAAAUUUAAUUCAAACAUACAUACCUAUAUGCACACACACAUAUGUAUCUUGGUAAAUCCAUUAUUUUUUUCAAGGCCAACAUAGCAGGUAGUAUUUUCUUUUCCCGGCUCGUUAAUAUGAAGGAACUUUUGUUUAGGUAGGUUUUGCCUUUUUUUAUUUUUUCGCGAUCAAGCUAUAUAUAAGGAUAAAUGCCCGUUGAAAGUUCAUAAUAUCUGUAAGGCUCGCCGGUUCCAGUUUAUAAUUACAAUAUAAGAAACCGUGAGCUAUUUUUAAAAAUAAAAUGAGUAAACGUACGCGAGAAUUUGAGUGUACCAACGAUCCGGAUAUGUUCUGUUACAUAUGCGGUGAAUAUACUCUUGUGCGGCAUCGGAGGCAGUUUACAGAUUCGAUCCAAUCUAUAUAUUCAAAAUAUUUUGGUAUUGAGCCUAAAAAUAUUGAUAAACCAUGGACUCCGAAUGUUUUGUGUUCCUUGUGUCGAAUAAUAUUGGUUCAAUGGGAAUCAGGAUCAACAAAGCGAUACAUGAAAUUUGAUGUACCAAUGAUUUGGCGAGAACCUACAUGCCACUCAGAAGAUUGUUAUAUUUGUAUGACAAAAGUACUUGGCUUUGGAAAAUCAAGAAAAGUGAUUUAUGCUAACGUACCUACCGUUUCAUUGCCAGUUCCACAUUCAGCUGAAGUUGCGUAUCCAGUUUCGUUGUCAACAGCAGUAUCUGAAAGCUCAUCUGAAUAUGAGAAAUCAAGUUGUAAUGAAUUUUUAAUGGAAAACGAGAGAAACGUUCUAUCACAAGCGCAACUAAACGAUUGGAUUAGAGAUUUGGAAUUAUCCAAGGAAAAAGCUGAGCUACAUGCCUCUCGUAUGCAACAAUUUCAAUUCGUGUCACCCCAUGUUAAGGUGACAUAUUAUAGAAAUCGUCACGAACCAUUUGCCAAACACUAUACGAAGGAAGACAAUGUAUGCUAUUGCAAAGACAUUCCAGGGUUAUUCAAAGAGUUUGGUCAACCAUAUGAUUCCGAGGAGUGGCGAUUGUUCAUAGACAGCAAUAAACUGAGCUUGAAGGCCGUAUUACUGCAUAAUGGCAACAAAAAGCCCUCGAUCCCGAUCGCGCAUGCAGUAAACACGAAGGAAACAUACGAGGUAAUGGAGAAAUUGUUAAAAUUCAUCAAAUAUGAAGAGCAUGAUUGGAAAAUAUGUGCCGAUCUUAAAGUCGUUGGAAUGUUAUGCGGUCUACAAAGUGGCUACACAAAACACUGCUGCUUUCUCUGCAAAUGAGAUAGCCGAGCUCGUAAAGACCACUAUUGCAUUAAGGAUUGGCCGGAAAGAGUUGAAUUUACAAUUGGUGUGGAUAAUAUCAAAUACAUCCCACUUGUAAAGAAGGAAAAAAUCAUUCUUCCGCCAUUGCACAUCAAGCUCGGCCUCAUUAAAAAUUUUGUUAAGGCGUUGGACAAAGAAGGCAAAGCAUUCAAUUAUUUGCAAAAUUUUUUCCCAAAUAUUUCCCAGGCCAAGAUAAAGGAAGGUAUAUUUGUUGGACCCCAAAUAAAAAAGUUGAUAAAUAAUGACCAAUUCAAAGGACUAUUGUCACCAGUUGAGGCAGCAGCGUGGGAUUCCUUCGAAAUGAUCGUUUCUUCAGUGACGAGCAUGGCGAAAGGUUUCACCAGCAAAUGAAAUUAAUUGAGAAUCGAUACCAAGGUUUCUGGGACGCCGGUAUGAUGGGUGACUACUGUUGGUUUCUCAUAAGAGAAACCGAUCCUAAACUAAAUAAACGACAAAACAAAGCACAUAAUCAUUUCGACUAUAAUGUAAGAACAUCAACUUAAGACAAAAAUAACACAUUGUUUUAAUAUAUAUUACUAAUAUAUAAAUAAAUGAGUUUAUAAAAACUAAAAACGACAUGAAAAUUGACUUUUUACUUAACAGAAACAGCGCCCACCCCUACUUUACACACUACAUACGCAUAUACGAAUACAUUGACUUUGCGCGACUUGGAUAUAUUUCUUUGAUCAUGUACAACUUUCCUAUUUAUCCAUGGAUUUUGUUCGUUGGUAGCUUAGUUUUUUAUAAAGAAACAGGACUUCAUAUAAAAUUAAAAAAAAUUUAAAAAUAUCUUUUGUUUUAAAAUUUUUUCCUUGCCAAAGUUUAUUUUUUUUAAUUUUUUCAUACAAAAAUUUAAAGACACGAAGUUAUUAAUCAAUUUCUCAGAAAUUAUAAGACCUAUGGAAAAAUGAAGUAGACAAUAUUUUUAGGAAAUUUCAUUCACUUUUAUUUUCUAUAAUUUGCAGUAAGAUUGCUCAACUGGUCAGUGAGAUAUACAUGAUUAAAUGAAGACACCUUUUUUUUUGGUCGAAUAACGGUAAAUUGCAAAUAUCUCAAAAACGUAUCCAUAAAAAAAAAAUUAACUCGAUUUUCGAAAUCAGCGAGCCAUUUCACAUACAAAUUGGAUAGUGGCGUUCAUGGAACAUUUUUGCUGUAAACCAGUGUAUUUGUAACCAAAGUACCAAAAAUAUUUUUUAAUAUACAAGUAAUAACUAUAAUACCUAUCCCUUAUUUAAAUAAAGAAAUAAAUGCUGAAAUUUCAAAUGUAUUCAAAUAUAAUGAUAAGAUUUAUGAGUAUAAGAAGAAUAAAUACAUAAAUGAAUGUACCAUAUCAAAACACUGUACAAUAGAUAAGACAUGUGAAUUAAUUACAAAUGUUAACUCAGAAAUAAUAAUAUUAAUGACGAAAUCAUAAUUGUAAAAAAUGCAAAAAAUUAUUUAAUUCAAAAUAAUUGUGGCUCAGAAGCAUUACAAUUAAAUGGAAAUUAUGUAAUAAAAUACAACAACUGUUCAACCAAAAAUUUUCAAAUAAUUACAAAAUGUUUAUUGACAAAGUUAUAUUAUCACAAUCUAAACAUAUUACUUUUAAUACCACUCUAACUUUAGAAGAAUUAAAAUUAACGUCGAUACAUAAUCUAAAAGAAAUAGAAGAAAUAAAAUACAAAAAUAAAAUUGUAACAUACAGUGUACCAACAGUGGUAAUAUUAAUAGUAAUAUUCUUUAUAAUAAUAUUAAUGUGCAAUCAUUGUAAAAGAAAUAAAGAAAGAAUUCAGGAGAAUUCGGCUAGGGGUGGAGGAGUUACAUAUAUAGUUCCACAAACAACAAUAUGUAAUGAAAACUCCAACGUAGAUGAAAUAAUAAGAAAAUACUUAAACCAACCCAACAACAUUACUGUAUAAAACAUUUAUUUAUUUGUUGGCUUGAUUUAACUUGACACUCAUAUAAAUGUGUAUAACGAAAAUGCAAGUGUCGUUGCUUCAUAAAAAUUAAACAACGAUACUUGCAAUGUAAACAAAUUUAAACAUUGUAGCUCAAAUUUCAUGUCACCGAACUCAAAUUUAUGAGUACUACAUGAAAUGUUAUUACUUUUACUUUUAUAAGCAAAAGUCAAAGUAAUAUCAAAUUACGUAGGAAUAUUUGUACUUAAGCCACAUAAAUGUCAAUGCACUGAAUUAUUUGUAUGUCCACUUAAAAAACUGC